AUGGCGCCGAAGAACAAAGGCAAAGGCAAGGAUGCCGGGGACUCAAAAGACGCAGGUGGUGGUGGUAAGGGCAAGCUGAAGCCCGCCACAAGUAUCAAUGUGAGGCAUAUUCUCUGCGAGAAGCACAGUAAGAAGGAGGAGGCGCUGGAGAAGAUACGGAACGGAGCCAAGUUCGACGAAGUUGCAAGGGAGAUGAGUGAGGACAAGGCGAGGCAGGGCGGCUCAUUGGGCUGGAAAGUCCGCGGCAGCCUUAUGCUAGACUUCGAGAAGGUUGCGUACGACCUCGAACCGAGUACCACUGGUGCGCCAAAGAUUGGAGAGGUCAAGACGAGCGAAGGGUACCACAUCAUCAUGGUUGAGGGGAGGAAGUAA